AUGUCUUUAAAACGAAUAUCCAAUGAUAAUAUAAAUGGAGAUUAUUUAUCAAGUAAUGAUAAAGUAAUACAUUAUUUACAAAAUUCAACAGGUAGUUCAACAAAAUCUAAUUCAUUAUCAAUGCUUAAAAGAUCACCAUCAAGUAAUUUAUAUUCAUUACAACAUCGUUUACGUUAUUGUUCAGAAAAUGAUUCAAUAUCAUCAUCAUCAUCAUCAGUUGUGGAUUCAUUAUCACGAUCAGAUGCUAGUUUAGAAUCGAGUUUAUCUGAUCCAGUAGCACAUUGUAGUAUAUUCAAUUCAAAUAUAUCAUCAGAAGAAGAUAUAGAUUUUUGUAUUGGAUUUGCUCAAAUAGAUGAUGAUGAUGAUGAUUAUGAUGAUGAUGAUGAAGAAAAUAAUAAAUAUAUUUUAAAUAAAAAAGAAUCUGAUACAGUUACAUUACUUAAUAAAUCACCUGAAGAUGGACGUAUUAAAAAAUUAGAAGAUUGUAUUCUACUAUCUUCUAAUUCAACAAUAUUUAAUGAUGAUUAUGAAUUUAGUAAUGAUGAUACAAUAACAUCAAAUCGUGUAAAACAACAACAUAAUAAUUUUUUACAUGAUUCAACUUUUACAUUAUGUUCACAAGAUCCUUUUUCAGCUUAUACAGAAGAUCAAGAUAAUGAUGAAGAAAAUGAACCAAUAAGUGGAUUUAGUGUACGAUCACAUUCAUUGAGUAUUCUUCAAUUUGAUGAAAAAACAACUUUAGUAGAAAAAGCACCGAAGAAAGCUGUUCGGUUUGCUGAUAUGCUGGGUCUGGAUCUUGAAUCUAUUCGUUAUAUGAGCCCUCCAGAUCAAUCAUCAACACCAAUUAUGCAAGAAUGUUUACGUCUUCAACUAGGACAAUUACGUCUUGGAAAAAAUCAAAUAAAUAUGUAUAAAUAUCCAACAUCAUCAUCAUCAUCAUUAUUAUCUUCAACAAAAAAAUAUAAUCUUGUUUCAAAACAAUUUGCAUCACCAACAAAUAUUAUACCAUUAAUUUAUGAAAAACAAGUUAUGCUUGAAUGUUUAUAUACAAAAGAUUCAAUAGCAUAUGGUACUGCACGUGUACAUAAUUUUACUUAUGAUAAACUUGUUUUUAUACGUACAACACAAAAUGAAUGGAAAACAUUUAAAGAUAUUCAAGCAUGUCAUUCAAUGAAUUUUCCAUGUGAUAAUACCGAUACAUUUACAUUUCAAAUAACUUUAACAAAAUCUAAUGAUGAUAUAACAGAACCAAAAAAAAUUUUAUUUGCUAUUUGUUUACAAGCUAUGUCACAACAAUUUUGGGAUAAUAAUCAAGGAUCAAAUUAUGUAUUAGAUAUAUUUGAAAGACGAUGA